AUGCCGCAGAAAUCUGGGGUCGACCACAAUACAGCUUGCCCUCUGCCGAGCGAACUCUCGGGGGGCAGCAGCAACUCCAGCCUGGACGCUGUGCUACAGUGCCCCCAGUGGAGAGCACUGGCAAAGACAGGAAGUGAGGAAGAGGAGGAGGUGGAAACUACACUGAAGAACAAGGCAAAAAUCGAGGAUAUCGAGGCGAUUGAGGAGGGACAAGAGACAGGAGUGGCAGAGGAGGAGGCAGGCAGGCAACGAGAUGAAGCUGGCAGGAAACUGGUAUUGGGGGAGGACAGGAAAGAGGCAGAAGAAGAGGAGAGAGAGGCCGACGGGGAAGCAGAGGCAAAGGGUGCAGAACUCGAGGAGACAGAGCUGAGUAAAUUGGAGGAAGAAGAAAUGGAGAAAACUGAAGAGGGAAGCAAGGUGAGCAAGGAAGAAGAGGAUAAAGACCAAAAGGAAGAGGAAAGGGAGGAGGAAGAGGGAAUAGAAAAGGAAGUGAUGAGUAAAACAGAAGAAGAAGAGAGAAACACACAAGAGGGGGGACAGGAAGAUGCAGAAAGAAGCAAACGGGAGACACAGAGUCAAGGUGAAAAAGUUGAAAUGGAAAAGGAUGAAUGGAUGAGUGAAACGGAAGAACUCCCAAGAGAGGAAAGAGCAGAGGAAGAACUGAGAGAGGAAAUGAAUGGAGAUGAGGUCAAGAGGGAGGAAGAACCCCCAAAAGAGGAACGAGAGGUUGAAGAACUGAGAGAAGAAAUAGAUGGAGAGGAGGACAAGAGGGAUGGAGAACCCCCAAAAGAGGAAAAAGAGGAGGAAGAACUGAGAGAGAAAAUGGAUGGAGAGCAGGACAAGAGGGAUGAAGAACUCCCAAAAGAGGAAAAAGAGGAGGAAGAACUGAGAGAGAAAAUGGACAGAGAGGAGAACAAGAAAGGAGGACAGAAGGGAGAGGAGGGCAAGAGUGAUGAAGAACUCUGGAGAGAAGAAAGAGAGGAGGAAGAACUGAAAGAGAAAAUGAACGGAGAGGAUGACAAGAGGGAUGAAGAACUCCUGAAAGAGGAAACAGAGGAGGAAGAACUGCGAGAGAAAAUAGAAAGAGAAGAGGACAAGAGGGAUGAAGAACUCCUGAAAGAGGAAAGGGAGAAGGAAGAACUGAGGGAGAAAAUGGAAAGAGAGGAGGAUAAGAGGGAUGAAGAACUCCCAAAAGAGGAAAGAAAGGAGGAAGAACUGAGAGAGAAAAUGGAAGGGGAGAAGGACAAGAGGGGAGGAAAUGAGGGAGAGGAGAACAAUUGGGGAAGACAGAAGAUUGACGAAGACAAAUGGGGUGGACAGGUGAUUGGAGAGGAAAGGGACACUGGAGAUAGAGAGGCAAAAAGUGAAGAGAAGUUAAAAACUGGAAGGGACGAAGAGAGUGUAGAAACAAGGGGCCAAGUAGAGGAAGAGAGGGUUAUAAUGGGUGAACAGAAACAGGUGGAGCUGGAGGGGGAGGAGGAAGGGAAUGACACAUGUGAGUUAGUUUAUGAGGAGGUGGAGGACAGCGAGGAGGAAGAGGAUGAGGAAGUACAGGAAGAGAGGAUCAGGGAGGAAGAAAGGAUGAAGAGGGAAGGGCAAAGAAAAGAGGAGGAGCAAAUGAGGGAAGACAGGGGGACCACAGAGGAAGAAGAACAAAGGAAGGAGAGAGAGAAAGAGGAAUUGAGGCUGAGGGAA